CCUUUAGAAAAGAAGUGCUAAAGGAAUUGCCAAAUGAGUUCUACAUUUUCACUUGCACCAAAACCUUACAUUAGAGAGAGCAAUAGAAAACUCCUGCCCCCAAAAUCUAUGCUCACAACAAUUAGAGCUGAAGUGAUUACAGCUCCCAAGCAAAGAAGCACGCGGAUUUUUCCUGAACUGUCAAUACAAGGCAUUCCUGUUGCUGAUUUGCAUGUACAAGAAAUUGUUCAAAGGCAAUCCAAGACUGACAACACAGCCAAUGGAGGUACUAGCCGAAAGCCACAGUUCGUUCCAAGCUUUCUUGAAGAAGCGUAUGAAAGGUGCAGGACCAUCUGUGCAGAAUAUGCCAAGACAUUCUAUCUAGGCACUUUGCUAAUGACAGAGGAGCGUCAAAAGGCAAUAUGGGCAAUCUAUGUUUGGUGCAGAAGAACAGAUGAACUGGUUGAUGGCCCCAAUUCUGGGCACAUGGACUCUGAAGUUCUUGAUAGAUGGGAAGAGAGACUAGAAGACAUUUUCGAAGGACGGCCUUAUGACAUGCUUGAUGCUGCAUUGACUCAUACUGUUCUCAACUUCCCCUUAGACAUUAAGCCUUUUAGGGACAUGAUCGAGGGUAUGCGAAUGGACACAAGAAAAUGCCGAUAUCAGAAUUUUCAAGAGCUUUAUCUCUAUUGCUACUAUGUGGCUGGAACUGUUGGCCUAAUGAGUGUUCCUGUAAUGGGAAUUGCACCAGAUUCUCUGAUUUCUGCUCAAAGUACAUAUGAUGCUGCACUCUACUUGGGUAUAGGGAAUCAACUCACAAACAUACUUAGAGACGUCGGGGAGGAUACUGCGAGAGGUAGAGUUUAUCUUCCCCAAGAUGAGCUGGCACAGUUUGGGUUAUCCGACGACGAUGUUUUUUCAAGAAAGGUCACUGAUCAAUGGAGAGAGUUCAUGAAAGAACAGAUUACUAGAGCGAGAUUCUAUUUCAACCUGGCAGAGGAGGGUGCUUCUCAACUUGAAAAGGAUAGCCGUUGGCCGGUAUGGUCAUCGCUGCUGAUAUAUCGAAACAUCUUGGAUGCAAUUGAGGAAAAUGAUUACGAUAACUUGACAAAGAGAGCAUAUGUAGGCAGAGCUAAGAAACUUCUCAUGUUGCCUUUGGCUUACACAAAAUCCCUUAAUACACAUAGUUUGAUACUUUGAUACUUUGAUCUCUCAGUAGUAUCACCUCUGUAUAUCUCUAUAUUGUGUAUUCAUGUAUGAUAACUCAUGUUAAAUCAAGUCAUUCAACCAGUGUUAAAGUUCUGUGCAUGUGCUCCUGGCUUUGAAUCUGAGAAAAACUUUUUAAAAAGAAUUGAUCUUAAUUCGGAUCUCUUUAGUAACAAAAAAAAUGCAACCUGACCCUAUCAAAUCAGACAGAUAAUUAAUAAUAUCCAAAUAUGUACCUGGCUGUUUUACAAAUCCGAUUCUUCAUAUGAUGAUAUGAUAAACGCACUAUCAAAAUUUUUAAAAUGAUGAAGUUGACUGAAACUUUUACCAGGUUAUGGUCAAAGUCUUUGAACCAUAAAGGGCAUAAGAAAAUAACAGCCUACCAUCUUGUCUUGGCACAUCCGCUCAUUUUUAACUUCUAUCUCUUAGGUCCAAGAACCCUCAGAAUCAGAAACACUGAAAUAAAAUAUGGUCUGCGAGGAAACAAGGGGUAAAGAUCUUACUUAACUGAACUAUGAAAUAAUCAAAAUAAAAUGAACCUAUUGGAUAACAAGUAGCAUUCAUUCGUACCAAGGGGGGGAAUUAUAAAAGCACCCAUUAUAUGAACUGAACUGAACUACGAAAUAAUCAAAAUAAAAUGAACCUAUUGGAUAACAUGUAGCAUUCAUUCGUACCAAGGGGAAAAUUAUAAAAGCACCCAUUAUAUGAAGUGAGCUCAUCGUCCCUCUACAGACCCCCAAAAAACCAUCCUAAUACAGAAAAAAAAAAAAAAAAAAAAAA